AUGUCUAUUAGACGGUCUUUACCAGUCGAUGAAUACCAUGUCGGGGUGGUCUGCGCCCUACCUCACGAGAUGACUGCGGCGAUAGCCAUGCUGGAUGAGGAGGAUGAGCCGAUCAAAAGCAAAGAUGUGCAUGACAAUAACAGUUACGUCCUGGGCCGGAUGAGUCAACAUAACGUGGUCAUUGCAUGCUUACCAGCCGGUAUCUAUGGGACUAACGCCGCCGCUACCGUCGCCAAAGACAUGUUGAGGACGUUUACUGGUCUGCGCUUUGGCCUGCUGGUGGGAAUUGGAGGGGGAAUCCCGAACCUACAGAAUGGUCGUGACAUCCGGCUCGGUGAUGUGGUGGUGAGCCAGCCAGACAAAACCUUCGGCGGAGUCGUUCAGUACGACUUGGGCAAGAAUCUGGGGCAAGGUGGAUUUGAACGGAAAGGCUCUCUCAACCGUCCUCCGACUCUACUUUUGACAGCACUGUCCUCUCUUCAGUCCAAAUCCGGCAUUCAAAACAGCCCGGUGUUAAAGUAUCUCGCGGAAAUGGACCAGAAAUAUCCCUCUCUAAAGGACGAGGGCUACUCCUCUCCAGGUAUCAACAUGGACCAUCUGCAUUGCUCUCAAUGCGACCCAUCUCAUUGGUGGUGGUUCCUCUGGCUGUUGUUGCUAUGGUUCUGCCCUUUGUUACGUUGUGAGAGGUGUGAGAAUGGUAGAGUUCUCAGGCCGUCUCGCAAUCACGAGAACCCGGUGGCUCACUACGGAACUAUCGCUUCGGGGAAUCAAGUGGUCAAAGAUGCUCGAGUCCGGGACCAACUGGGCCAGAAGUUCAAUGCGCUUUGCGUGGAAAUGGAAGCGGCAGGUUUGAUGGAUAAUUUCCCAUGCGUUGUUGUGCGAGGCAUCUGUGAUUACGCCGACUCUCACAAAAACGAUGCGUGGCAGAGGUACGCGGCCGUCACGGCAGCUGCAUAUGCCAAAAGCCUCCUGCGGCAUGUAACGCCGCAGCAGACCACCGGUGAGAGGCGUAUUCAGGAAGUUGUGGGUAUUUUAGCGGAUCAGCUGCAGGUGAACAAGGAAAUUUUGAACGAGACCAGACAGCAACAUUUGAAAACAGAGACACGUUACCAAGACGACAAACAUCGACUUUGCCAUCAAGCAUUCAAAACAAGCACGUACGAACACUUCAAGAAUGUCAAUCCUGACCGAGUAGACGGCACCUGUCAGUGGGUCCUGUCUCAUCCUCAUUAUCUUCAAUGGUGUACAAAUGUCCACGAUGAUCUCCUCUGGAUUUCAGCUGACCCGGGCUGCGGAAAGUCAGUCCUUACCAAAUCGCUGGUGGACAAUGAACUUCAAAAUACUGAAGGGCAUACGGUAUGCUUUUUCUUCUUCAAAGAUAAUGAGGAGCAGGAUAGCUUAGCGCCGGCUCUUUGUGCCCUUCUCCAUCAAUUGUUCACCCAUCAGCCCCAGCUGAUUCGACAUGCGGUUUCGGCGUGGGAGAGAAACGGAGACAAAUUAUCAAAAGAAGUGCCGGAACUCUGGCGCAUGUUGCUCGCUGCAGCCACGGAUUUCGAGGCUCACGAUGUGACGUGCGUUCUCGAUGCUUUAGACGAAUGUCGACAUUCUGACCGGUACUGGCUGAUCAACAUGUUGGCCAAGUUCCAUUCCCAGAUAUCGUCCUCUCCGUCAACUGCACGACGAGGUCGAUUGAAAUUUCUAGUCACCAGUCGACCAUAUGACGACAUUGAAAUUGAAUUCCAGAAUACUCUAGGAGAUCUACCUACCAUUCGAUUACGGGGUGAAGAGGAAAAUGACCAGAUCCACCAGGAGAUUAACCUAGUCAUCCGAAUGAGAGUGGGAAAACUAGCAAAGGACUUAAAAUUGAAUCGUCAAACAAAGGACCAACUGGAGGAAAAACUGCUUAAGAUGGAGCAUCGAACGUACUUAUGGCUCUAUUUGGCAAUUGAGAGCAUCUACGAGACUUAUCGAUACAGCUUCCGACCUGAGGAAGCAUCCAUUGAAUCACUCCCCUCGACUGUGGAAGACGCGUACGAGAAGAUUUUGAGGCGGGUGCCUGAGGAGCAGACAGGCAAUGUGAAAAAGAUCUUGCAGAUUGUGGUAGGAGCACGUCGCCCGCUAACCGUCCAGGAGAUGGCCAUCACUCUAGGAAUAGCCACGGCAAGGCAGACUCAGUCGCUAGACCAGGUGCAGCUCGACCCCAUUCGGCUUGAAAGCAACAUUCGACAUUGGUGUGGACUCUUCGUCUUUAUUAAUCACGGCAGAAUAUAUCUUAUUCACCAAACAGCCAAGGAGUUUUUGAUCUGUAGUAGUGGCUCCACUGCUACUGUGUCUGCAUGGAAACACUGUCUUGAUCCGUGCGGGAUUGAGAAAGACAUGACUCGAAUCUUGGUCGAAUUUUUGUGCUUUGAGGACAUUAGGCCGAACAUACAAUUCCUAAUCGAGAAAUUAGGAAGACACAAGAGAAUAGACGACAUUCUAGACAAAGAAAAUUACGUCGAAUGCCUUGUGGCCUAUUCAGCAGAGCACUGGCCUCGUCACCUGCGAGAUGCACACCUGCACAAGAACGAUUCGCUUUUGAAUAGGAUUUGGCCCCUUUAUGAUACUAAUAGUGGUCUAUGCGAUCUAUGGUUUACGAUCUUUUGGAGGGCGACUAUGCCAUAUAUUGAUCAGCCACGGAUGAACUCCGUUUGCCUAGUGGCAUGUCUAGGACAUGAAGAGGCACUUGAAUUAAUGCUACAGUCGAACAAGUAUCACGACAUCAACGAAUCCGACAAUGAUGGUCCCAUAGCGUUAAUUUGGGCAAGCCAAUUUGGUCACGAGAAGGUGAUGCAGAUGCUACUCGACAGAGGGGCUGAGAUCAAUGCUCAAGGAGGGGGAUAUGGCAAUGCCCUGCAAGCAGCAUCGCACGGUGGUCACGAGAAGAUUGUACGGAUACUACUCGAUAGAGGGGUGGAGAUCAAUGCUCAAGGAGGGUUCUAUGGCAAUGCCCUGCAAACAGCAUCGCACGGUGGUCACGAGAAGAUACUACUCGACAGAGGGGCGGAGAUCAAUGCUCAAGGAGGACUCCAUGGCAAUGCCCUGCAAGCAGCAUCGCACGGUGGUCACGAGAAGGUUGUACAGAUACUACUCGACAGAGGGGCGGAGAUCAAUGCUCAAGGAGGGCGCUAUGGCGAUGCCCUGCAAGUAGCAUCACGGAAUGGUCACGAGAAGACUGCAAAUGAUACAUGA